AAGAAAACAAUACGAAACAAAAGAGAUUUUAACGGCUUUUUUCCCGCAAAUGUGUGGAAUUCAUCGGGAUCCAACUAAAAAAUAUCCUAAUUAAACAAAAAACAAAUAAUUCCCACUAUUUUUCUUUCCAUUUUCCCUCACAGAUUAUCACAAAACACAAAAAAUUCAAUUCAUUUUCUUCUCUUUCUCUUUGAUGCAGCAUGUAAAAUCCCCUCUCUCUCUCUUCAAUUUCCCAAUCGCGAUCUAGAGAGAGAGAGGAUGGAGAGCAUUGCCGCGCAGUUAAAGCGCGGCAUCUCGCGGCAGUUCUCGUCGGGUUCCCUCCGGAAAACCCUCAGCCGCCAGUUCACGCGGCAAGCCUCCCUCGAUCCGCGCCGGAACAAUCUCCGCUUCAGCUUCGGCCGCCAAUCCUCCCUCGACCCGAUCCGCCGCAGCCCCGUCGAUGACGACGACGCUGAACUCACCGUGCCGGAGAAUCUCGACUCCACCAUGCAGUUACUCUUCAUGGCUUGCCGUGGAGAUGUUAGGGGAGUCGAGGACUUGCUCAACGAAGGCAUCGAUGUUAACAGCAUUGACCUCGACGGUCGCACCGCGCUUCACAUCGCCGCAUGUGAGGGCCACGUUGAAGUCGCCGCGCUUCUUCUCAGCCGUAAGGCUAACAUCGACGCUCGUGAUCGUUGGGGCAGUACGGCAGCGGCUGAUGCAAAAUACUAUGGAAAUACAGAGGUUUAUUAUAUGUUGAAGGCUCGCGGAGCGAAAGUGCCGAAAACCAGGAAGACUCCAAUGACUGUUGCGAAUCCUCGCGAAGUUCCGGAAUAUGAACUCAAUCCUUUGGAGCUGCAGGUUCGGAAGAGUGAUGGUAUUUCAAAGGGAGUGUAUCAAGUAGCUAAGUGGAAUGGCACAAAGGUUGCAGUGAAGAUACUUGACAAGGACCAUUAUUCAGAUCCUGAGAGAAUAAAUGCUUUCAAACAUGAGCUCACAUUAUUAGAAAGGGUACGGCAUCCUAAUGUGGUCCAGUUUGUUGGAGCUGUCACUCAGAAUAUACCUAUGAUGAUUGUUCGAGAGUACCAUGCUAAGGGUGACCUAGCAGGCUAUCUUCAAAAGAAAGGGCGUUUGUCCCCAUCAAAAGUUCUACGGUUUGCUCUUGAUGUUGCUAGGGGCAUGAACUAUCUUCAUGAGUGCAAACCCGAACCAAUUAUCCACUGUGAUUUAAAGCCAAAAAAUAUUUUGCUGGAUAGUGGAGGGCAAUUGAAGAUAGCUGGAUUUGGCAAUGUGACAUUAUCGCUAAUCUCACCUGAUGAAGCAAAGCUGGCAAACCCUGAGGAUAACACGGAUCUCCUUUCGAGCUUGUACGUGGCACCAGAGAUUUACAAAGAUGAUGUGUUUGAUAGAAGUGUGGAUGCGUAUUCUUUUGGUCUUAUUGUGUAUGAGAUGAUAGAGGGUACACAGCCCUUCCAUCCCAGGCCUGCGGAGGAGGCUGUAAAACUGAUGUGCUUAGAAAGGAAAAGACCGCAAUUCAAGAUCAAAACAAAAAGUUAUCCUCCAGAUUUGAAAGAGUUGAUUGAGGAAUGUUGGGAUCCAGAACCUGUUGUCAGGCCAACAUUUUCGCAGGUCAUUGUACGAUUGGACAAAAUUGUUGCAAAUUGCUCAAAGCAAGGGUGGUGGAAAGAUACUUUUAAACUUCCUUGGAAAUAAAUAAAUAACAAAGGACUCACCAUCAUAGAAAGGAAGAGAUGCAGAUCAGAGUUACAUACUCAAAACCAACUUGUGAGCAUCAUGUUGGUGUACUGUUAAUAGCCAUCCUCAAAACCAACUUGAGCUCAAAAUUAAGCAUGAAAAUGAAUUUCUACAGUUUCACUUUUGUUCUCUGUCUGCUAGAGGGCCUGGAACAGCUCCUCUCUGUAAAAUUUGGUCAAGAACAUCUUUUCUAAGAAAUUUUCUGAUGGACAAUGUGUUUUCUAUACUUACUAAUUGACCACCAUGUGCUGCAAGUUGGAAAUGUGUACUAUUUGUGACAUUAUGCAGGCGAAUGCUAAUAAGAAUAAUGAUAAGAUAUAUAUGGGACAUCAUUUGACACCA